AUGACUGACUAUACAUCUACGCGCGAAGGCUUCCAGCGUGCCAUGGAUUGGAGUCUGACCGGCCCUCCAGAAGAAGCCAUCAAGUACGUCGAGGCCACUGUGACGCCUGAUUUCUACCAGUUGAUGAACAAUGAGCGCCUUUCCUACGCCGUCUAUGCCGCGGGAAUCGCUGAGUGGCGUGGCAAAGUCUCUGAAUACAAGCCAGUCGUGCGUGAGUUUCUUCGCGACGGCGAUCAGCUUGCGGCUCAUAUGACGGGCACAAUCAAGGUCAAUGGUGUGGACACUGAUUUCGAAAGUUUCAUGUUCGCCAAAGUGGACAAGGCCAGCCGCAAAAUGGAGUAUCUGAUCGAACGGUCCAUCUGGGGCCCUGUUGGUGGAGAGUCGACGAAUGGUGCUUGA